AUGGACCACCAGUACCCCUCAUCCUCGUCGGUGCUCAAUCGUCGAUGCUCAGCCCGCCGUCGUUCCGGAGUGCUCAGCCCAGCCCUGGAUUCGACCGCGCGCCGCCAAUCAUAUGACCGGGACGAUAGUUCUGAGCGAAACCUGGACCAGACGCUGACGGUGCAGGUCGAAGACGUGGAUGCUGCCGGUGGUGUGCCAACCGUGCUUCUUGUGCGGCCUUCGAGGGCGUCAGCUCUAACGCCUUCUUUGCCGCUCUUCCCCGAAAACUUUGCGAGUCUGCCUUGGAGAGUGGCCGAGGACUUGUAUUCCCCGAAAGCUCGAUGGGAGCACUUGGCGCCGUACAGCUCGUCUGCUCAUGCGAGUGGAGAUGACAGGACGCCUAGCUUCAGUCCUAUACCCCUCACCCCCCGCCCUCGACAACCAGCACGGGAGCCGUCCACGACGUCUGUGACCACAGCGCGCACAGUGGGCUCGCGUUCUUCUCGAUUGCCAACUCCGGAGUUUGGUGCACGAGCAGGGGAUGUGAUUCGCUCGUAUCUUCCUCGACUGUUCUCGUCUAGAGAGACGGACUCACAAGACUCUCGGCCACCUGCCCCCGUUCAUUUGUCCGGUAUUCACAAACACUUCUCGUCCGCAGCUUCAGAAGCGAGCACGGCUCUGUCUAUAGCGACCCCACACUCAAUCUCUCGUUCUGGCGGAGAAGGCGUUGACCAACGACGCCCACCAUUGUUGUCCUCAUUUAGUACUACCGACAAGUUCACACAGAAGUUUCCUCGUCCGCGCUCAGUCAUGAAGAACCAAAUCUUCAAGAGAGGACACAAAACCGCAUUUGCUGCGACAAUGCUCGAAGAAGGUGAGGGCCUCGGAAUCGACACCAUCGAUCGCUGGUCUUUACACAAGUGGUGUCUGUUAUUUUCCGUCUGCACACUUCUCGUGUAUGGAGUCGCGGGCCUCGUUUGCGCCAUCUCGACAUGGUUUCGAACAUGGGAACUGGCGAGUGUCAUGUACGUCGCUGACAACGACAUCCUCAUGCUCAUCACUUUUGCCUCCUCCAUCAUCCUGCUCACCUUCAUUGUCGGGAUCAGCGGCACCGUGCUCAACUCGCGCCCGAUUCUCGCCGUCUACGCUGUCCUCCUUUGGCCCGCGUUCCUCGCGAUCCUCGCGAUCGGCUACACGUCGUAUCACCGCUACGCAUUCGCGCUCGACCGCAAGCUGAACCUCGCCUGGAGUCAGUGGUACACGCCUGUCGGGCGGCUCGUCAUCCAGGACACGCUGCGCUGCUGUGGAUACUACGACUCUCUGCACGAGGCGACGCCGAGCAAACAGUGCUAUCCGCGCACGCCGCUCCCGGGAUGCAAGGGCAAGCUGUACCGCUUCGAGCGCGAGAAUCUUGCGACUAUCUGGUCUGCAGCCUUCGCACUCGUACCGGUGCACAUCAUGAACAUUAUGAUCUCCCUUCUCUGUGCGAAUCAUGUCACUCGGAUUUUUGGCAAGGGGAUUAUGCCCAAGCAAUACUGGUUGAGCGGGGCGGACGUCAGAGCAGAUGCGGAGAAGCUCAUGAACAUAUUUCCCGGCGUGGUGGUCAGACCAGGCUUGAUCAAGAAACUUUCAAACCCUGCAUUUCGAGGGGAUAGGGAAGACCGUACCACGAUCAACCAGGAGACGGACUGGGAUCGGUUUUCAAGCAUGCAUUCAAGUACAGGAUCAAUUGGGUUGGGAUUGUCUGAACAGUCUUGA